AUGCAAGUGAGGCGAAUAUUCGAUUUACUGCCUCAGGACCCAUCAAGUUCACCGCCAGCCUACUGGCAGCCACAACACCGCUGGCAAGGGCCCCCAUACGGAGGCACCAGCAGCAGCCUAUACGAGGGCGAUUCCUUGCCCAGACAGUUCAGCUCUUCCCAGGCUCUCCCAGGCCCUCACAAUCACUUCAGUUUCCAGCAACAAGACAAACUGCUGUACGGGUUCAAAGGCGGAGGCGACCCCCAGCAUUGCAGCGGAAGCACGCAGCAAUGCAGCAACAGCACCAUGGCCACCAGCGACGCUUUCGAUAGACACGGCUUCACCCAAUGGUCCUGCAGUCAACCGCAGAGCAGGUGGUACGCCAACAACCCCAACAGCAGCCGCUCGCCUCAUCCACCACCUUCAGCUACAGCAGCAGCAGCAACAACAGCAGGGCGUAGGCCUCACCACGGAAGUUUGCAGCAAGGGGCAUACUAUCAUCACCCGUCUGCUUCCCAGGUCUUUCCUGCGAGGGUCCCUUCCUCGUUUGAGCAUCAGGAUAGUCAGCUUCCCUGCAGCAGCAACAACAGCAGCAGCAACCACCACAGCAACAAGAACAGCAGCAACAACUGCAGCAGCAACAACAAUAGCAGCCCUGCUAAUGGCGGCGUAGGAGUAACAGGCUGCAGCAAUAUCUCCAAGAGGCCAGCGGAGUCAUCUCAGCAAUUUAGGGAAGGUUGGUGUAUGCCAACGGCUGCACAAGAAGCUGCUGCGGCUCCCCGUGCAGCAGCGCCUUAUGAAGAGGCCCUGUGCUAUCGCUCCACCCUUCCUGCCCAGAGCAGCAGCAACACCAGCAGCAACACCAGCAGCAAUACCAACGGCAAUAGCAACAGCAACAGCAGCAGCAGCAGCAACAACAAGCCGACAGCAGGAAACUCCUUUGCCCUACCAGGAGCGCCGCAAGCGUGUUCAUCUCAGAAGAAUUUAUCUUCCAUUCCUUGCGAUGGUAUCAAGGUACUGGGCGCAUACUGCACCUCCAACCGAGUAUAUCGCAAACACGAAACCCUAGAAAGGCAUAUGGCGUCGGGUGCAUGCAGCGGACCACCAGCGAAAAACAGAUCCGCAGCAGCAACAACCAACACCAACACCCGUUGUCUGCCGCAGCAGCAAAAACAGCAGCAGCAAAAACAGCAGCAGCAAAAACAGCAAAAGCUGCUUAUACAGCGGCAGCAAACGCAGGAGGGGCAGCAAGAACAUGAGCAUAACCAGCAGCAGCAGCAGCAAGAGCAGCAGCAGCAGCAAUGGAAGAGGCCCCGCGCAGGUGUUGCAUGCGGCGGAUCAUCAAUGAAUGUGCGUAUGGGGGGUCUUCUAUCGCCGAGUUGCGAAUUGCCUCGAAGUUGCUGCCCUCCCCUCAACGGCCAACAGCAGCAGCAGCAGUGUAGCUACAGCGAGUGUGGUGCUGCUGCUGCAGCAGGAUCAGCAGCAGCACCCUAUCAAGCAACAGCAGCACCACCACCAGCAGCAGCUGUUGCUGCUGGUGCUUUCCAUGGGCGCGGGCGUCUUGCAGAGCCUGCGUUUGAAGCAGAGAGAGCAGCAGCACUGCGAGAAGAGGAAGAAGAAGAAAUGCGGCUAAGACGAAACUCCUUCACCCAACCGCAGCCUCUCCGCUUCUUCGCCCCCCACCACCACCAACUUGCACAUACUGAAAACACUCACAGACCUCUCAGCAGCAGCAGCAACAACAACAACAACAGGAGCUGCGGGCUACAGCAACAAGCUUACUUCGAGCCUUCUUUGUCUCCAAGGGCCUCUGAGGUUUCGACGUGUUUGGAGGAAUUACCCCUCGACCAAAUACUCCGCCGUCUCUCGCAGCGAGAUAUUCAGGUUUUAUUAAACAACACGUUUAUACAAACGCAGCAACAAACAGCACAUAACAAAACAAAGGCAAUAACAGCAGCAACAACAACUGAAGCAGCAGCAGAAACAGCAGCAGAGGCAGUAGCAAAUGCAGAACCAACAGCACCAGCAGCAGCAGCAACAACAACCGCAGCAAGAACAACAAUGAAAGGACCUACGCAAGGAAGCGCAAGCGAAGAUACGCGCAGACAGCAAUGCAAUGCAGCGGCCUCUUCAGUUCUGCCUGAGGAAUCUGCUUGUCAACAGACGGAUAACAGAAACAGCAACACCAGCAGCAGCAAAUGCAGAACCAACAGCACCAGCAGCAAACGAAAGAGCAACAGAAGAAGCAGCAGCAGCGACGAGACGCCGCAAUACGCAGCAAACAGCUGCAACCGCCGCCGGUCUCUGCCUGUUGCGCCCGACUCCCCAAAAGCCUUCACGCGGCAGCGAAUGCAGCAACAGAAGCAGCAGCAGCAACACCUGCAGCAGGGCCAGCAGCAGCAAGAGCAGCAGCAGCAGCAGCAGCAAGAGCAGCAGCAGCAAGAGCAGCAGCUGCAGCAGCAGCAGCAGCAGCAGACAGCUGCUAGGCCGGUGGGAGUGUUUAGCAGCAGCAGGGAAAAGGAUAAUCAUAUUUGUCGUUCUGCUUGCACUACGGGUUUAGUUAAAGAGCAGCGGAGUUGCGGUGUACAGACAGAUAUCAGCAUGCAAAGCGCUGUUUAA